AUUUUGUAACUUUAAACCUGGUCUGAGAUCAUAAUUUUAGUGCUGGCCAAACAGAGUGCAGAGGGCGGGCCUGACUCUUUUUUUCAAGACCACCUUAGAUAGCCUCCCACCCCUGAGUUAACAAAAAAUGCUGACUCCAUUCUCAGUUACUUUUCUUUAGCUAUAUAGUUAUCACUCUGGGAAAACCUACCCCUCUAGCUACUGCAGUGAACGGAAUAUUUGGAACCCCAAAGUUUUUCCACAGUGAUUUCUGCUUGUGAUUUCAACUUUCCCCCAUGCUGUCUCUAAAAUAAUCAGAAUUUGGAAUAGUUUGAUCCCAGGAUUGGAAACCUAUUCUCUAACAGAACUACCAAAGAUGUUUAUUCAAACUCAACUCCUCAUCUUCCUCCUAGGGAGCAUGCCCUUCAGGGCAUUUGCUGAAGAAGCAAGCACAGUUCCACUGGAAGAUGAAACAGUAUCCAUCGAUUUCAAAGACAGAAAUGACUCAGAGGUUGAAGAAAGGCCAACUCUGUUACCUACAAGACUGCACACUAUAAGAGACCUGUUCCCCUUAGAAGAGCUAAUAACCACAGAAAGUAUGGUCGCCGAUAAUGAAGACAGUGAGAACUCUACUGAUCCGGAUGUUGUUGAAAAUUCUGAAGACGAAGUGGGUGGCGAGCCAGGGACUACAGACGAGAAAGAUGGCCUGGCAACAGUUGCACUGGUUGGAAUCAUCGUUGGAAUCAUAAUAGCAGUGGGAAUCGUUACUGGAAUCAUCAUUGCCGUCGUGAGGAAAAUGUCGGGCAGGUACUCGCCCUAAAAAUAAGUGAAGAAGGAAAUCAUGUCGUUUUAAGCCAGAAAAUAAAAGUGCUUCCUAUUUUACAACUGCUAGAGACUCUGUUCCUGUAUCGCUGUGAGAAGAUGAUCCAUGGAAAUCGUGAAUGCAGAAUUCCAAAUCCAUGGGGAUUCCACACAGCUUUCCAGAGGGAUGCUUUACAGACUUAUCAGAAAUGCAACGAUUCAUAGGACUUUGAUAAUCAAAAGUAUUUAAGAGGAAUGAAACAAAAAAAAAA